GUCUCUCCGCCAUCGUCGAACGGCGUCACGAACGCACGCAGUUGUUGCCCGUAUUCAUAUGUCCUCAGCAUUGCCUGUACAGCUGUACUUCUUAUUCUUUCCUCCUCUGAACCUGCGCGGCUCUCUGUUUCUCUCGACAACAUUUCCGGCCGUCGCCACCGUCGUCUCUCCUCUGUCGCUUAUUCGCUUGCAUUCUGCUGACUUUAUCUUUGUGCACUCCAUCAUGCACAAUGGCAUCUCAUGGGGGCAGUUUGCUACUCUCCAUAAUCUUGUAUACAUGGAACUCGAAAUAGAGCAGGCAAAACUUGCAAUGGAGUGAAUGGACAGCCUGGAAGUGCCAGUUGGGUGAGCAUUAAGAUGACUUGAGGUUUUAUCAAUUAAAAGUUUCUCCACCGUUUCUGUGCAAUUUUUAGAAAGUUAUGGCAAGAUGAAAGUAUACCACUUUUUGCGUUUAUCUAACAUUUGAAAUCAUUUGGGCCUGGAGUAUGUCUUCAAAGUGCUUCUCGGGGGUCAAUGUCUUUAAAGUGCUUCUCGGGGGUCAUCAGAGAUAACCUCUCCCAUAUAAAAUAAAGAGGUAAUAUCAAAACUUAGGGGAGCAUGGGCCUCAAUGAGUCACGGAAUAGCUGUAGCUAGCACAUGAGAUGAGUCCGUCUUCUAGCAAGCUAAUGCCAAGUUGGAAAGAAGAAAGUUUACCACUUUUUACAUUUAUCUUUCUUAUAUUUGAAAUCAUUUUUCUCUCAAAUUAUAUUGUAUGCCCACUUACUAAUUGUUUUCCGUAAACGUUCAGCUAGCGUAUUAUAACUUUCUUAGUUUUACAAUUUGGGUCCACUGAGUGAUGUGACUAUAGCUAGACUUGGUAUGGAAGCCAGAAACCUUCUUUCCACCAAUAAGUUCUUUUGUGAUAUUGAAAAAAUUUCAAACAAGGAUUAAGCUAUAAGAGACAGCCAAUAUUCUAAAGUAAUCUGCUUCUUUUUUAUUUUAUUUUUAUAAUAUGCUUCUUUUGUGGGUGCUUGGCCUUUAACUGAGCUAUAAUUUUUAUCAGCUGUGUGUUUGUCCAGGAUGGGAAGGUUAUAGCCUCUUGAAGAAAUCAAACUACUGAGACACGUAAUGUAAAUUCAGAGUCAGUAUUUUUCUUUUCUUUUCUCUCAUUUUUCAUUGAAUUCCUUAAUAAAUUUAUUAGGUGCUCCUCUAUCUCUUAGUACACAAGUUGGUUGUGCUAGCAAGCAUAAAUUCAAAGAUACUAA